GAGCAGUCGACUAUUUGGAAUAACUAACUAAUCCUGACAAGUGUGCAUAGUUUCUUCUUUCUUACUCAAUUUAUUUCAAUCAGUAUAAUCAGCAUGGCAAACGACAAUUUAACAGCGGUAUUGCACGGCAUUGAAGAUUUACGUUUGGAACAACGCCCCAUUCCAGAAAUUGGAGAUCAUGAUGUGCUUUUAAAAAUGGACUCUGUCGGCAUUUGCGGUUCCGAUGUACACUACCUAGUCCAUGGACGUAUCGGUGAUUUUGUACUCAACAAGCCAAUGAUUAUUGGACACGAGGCUUCUGGCGUAGUUGCAAAGUUGGGCAAAGACGUUAAACAUCUAGCUGUUGGUGAUCGUGUCGCCUGUGAACCGGGUGUACCUUGCCGCUACUGUGAUCACUGUAAGGGCGGUCAAUAUAAUCUCUGCCCUGAUAUGGUAUUUUGUGCCACACCUCCGUAUGAUGGCAAUCUCACACGCUAUUACAAGCAUGCUGCAGAUUUCUGCUAUAAACUGCCCGAUCAUGUUACCAUGGAGGAGGGUGCAUUACUUGAACCACUCGCAGUUGGUGUACAUGCGUGCCGCCGUGCCGGUGUGGGCCUGGGUUCAAAAGUGCUGGUAUUAGGAGCGGGUCCUAUCGGAUUGGUGACACUGCUGACGGCGCAAGCAAUGGGCGCAGAUCAGAUAACGAUUACGGAUUUGGUGCAGAAUCGCUUAGAUGUCGCCAAGGAAUUAGGUGCCACACAUACGCUGCUCAUGGAUAAGGAUGACAGCGUAGAGGAGAUAGCCAAACAAAUACAUCAAAUAAUGGGUGUAGAGCCAGAUAAGACGAUCGAUUGCUGCGGUGCUGAGUCAACAACACGCUUGAGCAUUUUCGCUACACGCUCCGGUGGCUGCGUUGUCAUCGUCGGCAUGGGUUCACCAGAACCAAAAAUUCCGCUGAUCAACGCUUUGGCGCGAGAGGUUGAUAUACGCGGUGUAUUCCGUUACUGCAAUGACUAUCCUGCUGCUCUGGCGUUAGUCGCUACCGGUAAGGUAAAUGUUAAAAGACUGAUAACUCAUCAUUUUGAUAUCACCGAGACGGCGAAGGCAUUCGAGACUGCGCGUUAUGGCCAUGGUGGCGCCAUUAAAGUAAUGAUACACGUACAACCAAAGGAUACCAACAAUAAAAAAUAGGAGAGCCUGGCUGUUGGACCCUCCUAUAGUGUAAAUACAUAAAUGUUUAAUGCAUGAAUGAAAGACAAUAAUUAUUGUAAAUAA